CCAUUUCUCUUGUCUAUCAUUGCCUCUUCUUCGUGAUUCGUUUUUGUGAAUAUUUCUUAGCAUUGCACUCAAGACUGAGCUAUGGCUACCACCGACGUCGAAGCUCCUCCUGCUGCUGCCCCCGAGUUGCCAGACUAUCUCUUGGAUCCAAAUGCGGUUCUAAACGACACUGGCGCCAACUGGCGAUAUGGUCAACCUCCCGAUUACUCUGGUACCAGGAAGGUAUAUGGCGAGACCAAAACCAAAACCCACGAACCAGGCAGCCUCCCCUUCCUCGUCGAGAACCUCGUAAAAAACUGGGAAAUCGAAGCCAGCUUCAAGACCUCCAUCUCCGACUGGCGCACCAUCGACCAAUCCAACUACACCUUCUCCGUCAACGGCGGCCCGCCCCAGUCCGCCGAGCACAUGCUAAGCGUCGGCACCUACAACGCCAUCAUCGCACCGAACGAGUUCUACAGCCCGGAACACGCCGACUUCUCGUCUUCGCAUAAGACGUUCAAGCGCAUGAUGCCGGCGUUUGCGUGGGAGGUUUUGGAGGUUUAUAGUGGACCGCCGCUGGUGGCGUUUAAGUGGCGCCAUUGGGGGGAGAUGAAGAGGGAUUAUGUUUCGUUGAAUGACAAGGGCGAAAAAGUAACGGUCCCGGCACAUGGAGCAACUAUCGAUAUCCAGGGUGUCACCAUAGCCCGUGUCAACGCAUCGAUGCAAAUCCAGAGUAUAGAAACUUUCUUUGAUCCGCUCGAGAUGUUUCGACAGAUUGCACCGAACGGCAUACCAGGCAAGACGAAUGUGGCUCCUGAAGGAGGCGCAGAGUCUUGCCCGUUCUUAGCGACCAAGGAAUGAUGUGGAAUGUCAACUCGCCGACUCACUUAUGAGCUUUCUUCCUAUGUCGCCUUCUCUUCUCAUAGUCGGUGCUGCUACGUAAAUAAGUUUAUUACAACAUAUUUUGUUAGUGAAGGCUCUGCACCCCCUUCUCGGUGCGCUCUACGCAAACGGCCACUGCUGCAUCAGGCUGUCCAGUGGAACAUGGGAAACACAAUUGUUGCCUUCAGCUUUUUGAUGAUAUUAGACUUGGAUGUUAUAAGGGGCUAUAGUAGUAUAUAAAUGUCGUUUAAGCGAGCGGUUCGGAAUAGAAUAAACGCCAACCGCCAUCUUCUAGCUCCCUAU